AUGGAACUUGCAAAGAUUGCAAAGAUUACCAAGGAUCAAUUAAGCUUCAUCAGCAAUGCUAAUAUCUCUUUCCUGUCUGAGGUCAUCGCAGCUGACGUUGCUUCCGACCUCCUGAUCGGACCAGAGGAUAAGGAAAAAUUACAGAAAGGAAAGGUAACUAAUUGUCGAGUAAUCGUCAAUAGCGUCCGUGAUGAGCUCUUGAAAUAUGAAGAAGAAAGAAGAAAAGCUCGUGAAGCAAGCGAACUAUGUAUCGAACAGGUUAAUCAAAUUUUUAGCGGAAUAAACGCUAUAAUUGAUAUGGUAAAGCAGGAUAAGUGUCAAUCCUUCAAUGCAGGUAUCUCAUUUGCAGCGCUUUUUCCAGAUACCCUUAACGAUACUCCCACCAAGUGGUCUGUUUCAUCAAAGUCUGAAAAUUUGACGAAGAAAGAGCGAUCUCUCAAAAAACGCAGCUUCAUCAAUCUUUUCAAUCUUUUCGAUACUUUCAAUAUUAUCAAAAUUUUUGAUACUGUCGAUAUUCUGCAUGGUUUGCACCUCGAGAUAUUUUUUUUCGACGAUUUUCAAAGUUACGACGCAUUCAAACUAAAGCUUGAGAGCUGGUCUAGCCGUUAUCCUAGGUUAGUAAAAUUUAUUCCAUCUAUCGGUAAGACCAUCGAGUAUCGCGAUAUUCCAGUAAUUCACAUCACAGAUAUGAACACUGUGUUAAACUCGCCUAAGCCCAUUGUAUGGAUUCAAGGUGGACAACAUGCCCGCGAAUGGGCCGCAAUAUCGUCCGUUAUGUACCUGACCAAUGCGCUUAUCAAAGGCUUCAAUAGAAACUCUCGCAUUACCAACCUCCUCGAAAAAGUUGAAUUCAUCAUUAUUCCCAUUGUCAAUCCUGAUGGUUACGUGUAUACGUGGAUCGAUCCAAGCAAUAAUGUUUACAGACUAUGGCGUAAAAACCGUCGCGUUAAUAGCGACAGCAGUAUCGGUGUAGAUCUUAAUCGCAAUUGGGGUCCAUAUGCGUUUUCGGAGCCAGAAACGAGCGCUGUAUCUUCUUAUGCAAAAUCAUUCGUUUCUCAAAAAAUUGUGGCAUCGCUUGAUGUGCACACGUAUGGUCAGAUGGUUUUAAGGGUUCCCGGUUAUCAAAAAACUCCUGGUCCAAACGAAGGUGUCUUGAAGCCCUUGGGCGAUAAAAUGGCAGUAGCUAUAAAAGCUACAACCAACAAUAUAGACUACGUGUCUAUGCUUAGUGCCGACCUAGCCCCUACUGGUGGAGGUGCUGACGAUUGGUUUGCCGAAGGCAAUAAUGUAAAAUACAGUUACACUAUUGAGAUGAGACCUCAACUAGAUCAACCAGCAGAUAUUAAAUUUUUGUUGCCUCUUGAUCAGAUUAGACCAUGUGGGGAAGAUCUUAUUGCCUCCGUUCUAACCCUGGCAGAGGGAGCAAUUGCAAUUUAG